AUGCCGCGCUUGGCCUCCUUCAGCAACAACCAGCAGCUGGGCGGCCUGUUCCAGAAGCCAAGGUUGUCGGAGAAACUUCUGUCCAAGGCGCCGUUUCGGUUCCUGCACGACGUCAUUUCCGCCGUUACCGCCUCCACGGGCUUCGCGGCCGGUCUGUACAGCGACGAGGAGCUCGACUCUGGGUCCGUCAAGGACAAGGGUUCGAAGAUCGGCUACCUCGACAAGAUCAUCGCUCUCGUCGGUAUCUGCUCCGGCCGCGACAUCGAUGUCAGGCCUUCCAAGGUCGUGGCUGGGCUGGAACCGGAGGGGACGAACGCCCUGCUUACGGCCCUGGGCAAGUGCGCCAAGUCUGCGGACCUCGAUUUCGACGAGGCUGUGCGCCGCGCUCUCGCCGGAGAACCCCCGGGACGAAAUCCGCCCCCCCUCCGCGAGGACGGCGGGGCCCCCGGCCCCACCGGAGGAGGCAGUGCGGCGGCGGGGAGGGGGGGGUCUGACGCCGAGGAAAGCAAGGCAGAGGCGAAAGGGGGGGGCGGCGGGAGGAGGAGGAGCAGCGACGAUGGCGGGGUGAGCGCGGGGAGUGAUGGGCGAAGGGGGAGCGGCGGCGGGGAUGCCGAAGAAAAGGCCUCUGCCAAGCAGGAGAUGGAGCAGAUAGGCCAGGCCGCGAAGGCCAUGGGGGUUCCGCAGAGUAGGCGGCUUUCGUCCAGGGCGGGGGGGGGGGGCAGGGCGGAGGCUAAAAGCAGGAGCAACAGCCUAGGGACAGGAGGGCUGGGAGAUGACCCCACCGCGGCUGGGGGGCGCGACUUGACCGCUGAAAUCGAAGCAUGCACGGGCGAGAUCGCCGUGACCCGUCAGAUGCUGGAGCCAAUCAUCAGUCGGCCACGGCUAAGCGACAAGCUUCUCAACAUGCCUCCCUUUCGUUUUCUGCACGACAUCGUCUCCGAGGUCACGAGACAGACGGGUUUUGGUCAAGGGCUGUACACCGGAGAUGAGAUGGACUCCAGUCUCGUCAAAGCAAAGCCUGCCAAGAUGGCGUAUCUGGACAAGCUGAUAAUGUUGGUGGGGAACUCCCUCAACACCUUGGUGGACGCGAGACCGGCCAAGAUCGUGGCGGGGCUUGAGGCCGGCAACACGAACAGGAUGCUGCAGCUGCUGGCACUAGCGGCGGUGGAAAAACCCGACUCUUCGAGAUGCCCCGUCCCCCCCCCCUCAUCAGGCAGCCCACAUGGUCUAGUGGUAUGA